AUGAAACUCAACUUUCUCCUCCAAGCGGCGCUCGCUGGCUUCGCCGCAGCCAUCGAUGAGCCGGAAGGUCAUGAGUACCACAGACACCAUGGUGAUAGCCGUUCUCCUUGCCCCGGCCUCAAUGUCAUGGCCAACCACGGCUUCCUCCCCCGCUCCGGUCUCAACAUCGACCUUGAGGCCGUCCGAACCGGCGUCGUCGGGGCCUUCAACUUCGAAUACACCGCGUUCGACAUGCCAUUCCAGCAAGCCGUUGACUUCAAGUUGACCACCACCGGCAACAGCUCCACUUUCCACUUGGCCGACCUCGCCAAGCACGACACCAUCGAGUUUGACGGCUCUCAGUCCCGCAACGACUUUGCUUUCGGCAACGACAAUGACUUUGACCCGGUCAUCUGGCACUCUGUCGCCAAGAACCUCGGCCUCUACCACACCGGCCCGGCGAAGGAGGACCAGUAUGUCACCAUCGAAGUCGCUGCCCGCGCCCGCGCCGCCCGCGUGAAGGAAGCCAUGGCCGCCAACAAGCACUUCAAUGCGUCAGAGGCCCAGAUGAUGGGUAGCCCCGGCACGACUGCGCUGUACUUGGCUACCUUGUGGGAUGACGAGGCGCAAGCGGUGCCCAAGAAGUGGAUCAGGGCUUUCUUCGAGGAGGAACGGAUCCCGUAUCAUGAGGGCUACAACCCGGCCACUCGCUUGCAAAAGACCGGUGCGGAUAUUGCAGACUUUUUUGGGAAGAUUGUGGCGGUCGAUACCAGCACCCCGAAGUGCAAGCGGGGGCAAUUGUAA